AUGGAUACAAGUCAAGUCGAUCAGUACAAGAAGCGUCCCGGAACAUCAGGUAUUAGUGGACAGCUUUAUGAAACUAAACUUAUCAGUUUGAUACUAUAUAGACUGUUACAUAACAAAAAUGUAGAAGACUUCCAUCUAGCUUCCAAUAUGGAUGAAAUCGGGGCAUUCGAUGACGUUUGUCUUAAAGUAAAACUAGAAGACUGUGAGAAACCUUUACUGGUGUUAGUUCAAGCGAAACACAAAGAAAAUGAUGACACAACUCUUGAUGAUAAAAACGACCUAGUCAAAUGGUUUGAUAGUAUCACUAGAGUACGAGAAAAAUUCAAUUCUAAUAAAACCCAAGAUAAAAUUUUUAGUGGGAAGUUUGAAGAUGUAGAUUGCGUAUUCAUUGUAUAUACCAACGCGAAAUAUGACUUUGGUAAAACAGUUUCAAGUAGACCUUAUGAAAGUAAUUAUUCUACAAUUUUGAACGAAUUAGUAUCUACUGGCGCAGUUGGCUCACAGCCGAUUUACACCGAUACAGAUGUGAAGAAUUUUGGUGUAACAAUUUUGAGUGAAGAGAUCCCGAUACUAGUUGAGCAGUUUAAUGAGCAUCUUAACGAUAGCAAGUCAAUGAGUAUUAUGAAUAGUGAGUACAUGGUAAGAUAUCAUGUCGUUUUGGGCCAGAAAGUUGUAAACGUGUCCGAUAUCCAAGAAACACGUGGAUUAAAAUGUCGUAUACUAACAUUUCGAGAUGAAUUUUUCAAGAAUAGUGACGAGCAUUUUGUGUUGUUCAGAAAACAUUUAUACGAACAAGUCUUAAAGAAUCGUUUGAAGAUUAAGAAUAACAAAAAGUUAGAUGCGUCGAUUUUGACAUUUUUAUCUGACCCUUCUUCAAAUACGUUAAGUCCUUUGAUUGAAAACCAUAUUACUUAUAAAAACGAACAAUUGAUAUUCAUUACUAAGAGACCACAGACUGAUGUACAACGUUUAGAGAAAAUUCUAAUUUCGCCUAACGUUAUUGAAGAAACUAAAACAAUGGCUGCAAAAGGUAUACUCUCUUCACUUAAAUUAGCGGUUCCUAUAGCAUUUGGUAAUAUUGAUUUAGCUAUCAGAGGUACUCCAGAAAAGAUAGAACAAAGGCUUAACCACUUGAACAAGGUUAUGAUUGAAUUAUUUGCUAAAUCAAAGCAAAGUGGAACCUAUAAAAUUGUCACAAUUGACGAUUCAAUUGAUGAUGGAAUUUUGAGUUCCAAUGGUGGAAUAGGCGGAUGUGUAGGCAAUAUUCUUGAAUACGAUGAGAUAACAAAGCAUUUUAAAUUUAAAGAAGAUUAUACUAAUAUGAACAGUAAUGCUAAAUCUCUAUAUUUAAAACUUAAAGAAAACUGUAACCUAGAUGAAUUUAGGAUCGACGUGCAGACGUCAAAAUUUCCUAAACUGUCUCUUGACUGUAGCGAUGUAGCGAGAGGAUUUUUGAGCAAACUAGUUGUUUAUGCAAAACAAGGUAAUCAUUUUGAAGUGGAGAAAAUAUUGAAAACAGAAAUAGAGAAUUACAUGAAUGCAUCUCAGGCUGUUAAACUGAAUCCCGAGCUGCUCUUCACACAUUACCAUCAAGAAAUACAGAAAUGGUGGAUGUUAGCGAAAUCAGGGCCAUAUAUUUGUAAAGAGAACAAUAUUUACCGUGAUUCAAUUUGUAGUAUUCGAGUAGAAUUGCAAAGGUACCGUAUUAAAACAUCAUUGACUAAUUUUAAAUGGAGGCACUUUCGACGUGUGCUAAAAAAAGGAGCUUUGUCUUCGUCUUCUGAUAAUGCAGCUUUGCUUGAUGACAAUGAAAAUACCAAUAGUGAAGAAUGGAAGGACGAAUCCGUGGAACUGCCUGAUUUAAAGCAAAUCGAUAAUUUGAAUUUAAAUUCCAAUUAA